UAACUCUUGAAUAAUGUAAUUGUAUACUGGUGUGCUAAACCGGAGACAGGGCCUUGAGAAUUGGCCGGCCCAAUUCGGAGUCCAGGUGGGUUCUGUCUCACAGAUUCAGAAACAGCUCUGAGAACAUUUCAUCUCAUUUCGUCUGGGAUCAAAGACACGAAACCCUAAUCUGAUUGAAGAGAGGGAAGGGAACACAAAGAUGGGUGGAAGAAAUGACGAAGUUGGUGGAGAUAAAGAUAAAGAGAAAGAGGAAGAGCAGGACGAUAUGUCUGUACACUCUCCCUGUAAAGCCUUACCAUCCUCCGCUUCUUCUCUCUCCAAGGAACAGUCACAGGUUGAAUUGGAGCUCACGUUCUUAGAAGCUCUUGAAAUCUAUCCUCCCGUUAAACUCCGAGGGAUACAUCGCCACUUUGUUCUUUAUGGUCUGAUGGAGUAUCUCGGCAGAAGCUUUGACCGACAGUUCUCAGCGGAUGAGGUUCUGCAGCUACUGGAUCGUUUCUACAACGUUGAGAUGCUGAAAUCUGAUGAUGAGGAGAUUGACAUUCUUAACCACGAGGAAGACUUUACCUUGCCGCCGAGUUACUUUGAUAAGGAAGAACAAUAAAAGAAGAAGAAGAAGAAGUGGUCUUUGCUUCCUUUUCAAGCCUGUUUUUGUAUAUGGUUUGUUAGGUUUGUCCCCAGCUCUUAUGAUAAGUCCUAUUUGUAUAGUAUGCAGUAUUAAUAUACAACCAUCAGAGCACUACUGAUCUUUUUACUCUUGUCAAAGAGUUUAAUAGAAACAAGCUUUUUGUUCUCUCUUCAUGAUGACAUUCAGAGCCUCGGUUGUGUUUGUUUGUUUGGAAUGUUUAAAUAAUACAGUUUGAUUGGUCUGUA